UAGUUAGGCAGUUUGAGAAAGCUGUGAGGUGUAACUGUUGUAUCUGUUCCCUACAGAUACUUCCACUCCGGCUCGUAGCUGUCACCUUGCCAUAAAGGGAAUGUGAAAGUAACAUACACAACUGUUCCAUACUUCAGGGAUAAAUUGAAGACUUUGCUGGCUUAGUUUGCAAUUUGCAUUCUUUGCUUCAACACUGCACUUACUAAAAGGGGAUGAUGGUAGUGGUCUGCUUUCAUCAAGUCCAAGGCCCCUAUAUUGUGAUCUCUAACUCCAGCACUGUCAUACCAAGAAAUGGUUUCUAAUACCACAUGUGUGUCUUAUCUUUUAGCUGGACAAAGCUGACAGAAAGGUUUUUUAAGAAUACCCCAUGGCCAGAGGCUGAGGCCAUUGCCCCUCAGGUUGGAAAUGAUGCUGUUUUCCUCAUCCUGUACAAGGAGCUGUAUUAUAGGCACAUCUACGCCAAAGUCAGCGGGGGGCCCACUCUGGAGCAGCGAUUUGAAUCCUAUUACAACUACUGCAAUCUCUUCAACUACAUCCUCAAUGCUGAUGGCCCUGCUCCUCUGGAACUGCCCAACCAGUGGCUCUGGGAUAUCAUUGAUGAAUUCAUAUACCAGUUCCAGUCUUUCAGCCAGUACCGCUGCAAGACAGCCAAGAAGUCUGAAGAGGAAAUUGAUUUCCUUCGUUCCAACCCCAAGAUCUGGAAUGUCCACAGCGUCCUUAAUGUGCUGCACUCUCUGGUGGACAAAUCCAACAUCAACCGGCAGCUGGAGGUCUACACAAGUGGAGGUGACCCUGAAAGUGUGGCUGGUGAAUAUGGUCGCCACUCCCUCUACAAGAUGCUGGGCUAUUUCAGCCUGGUUGGGCUGCUGCGUCUGCACUCUCUGCUGGGCGAUUACUACCAAGCAAUCAAGGUUUUGGAGAACAUCGAGCUCAACAAGAAGAGCAUGUACUCCCGGGUGCCUGAGUGCCAGGUGACUACCUAUUACUACGUGGGCUUCGCAUACCUUAUGAUGCGGCGUUACCAGGAUGCCAUCCGCGUCUUUGCCAACAUCCUCCUCUAUAUCCAGAGGACCAAGAGCAUGUUUCAGAGGACGACCUACAAGUACGAGAUGAUUAACAAGCAGAAUGAGCAGAUGCACGCACUCCUGGCCAUCGCCCUCACCAUGUACCCCAUGCGCAUAGAUGAGAGCAUCCACCUGCAGCUGCGAGAGAAAUACGGGGAUAAGAUGCUGCGCAUGCAGAAGGGUGAUGCACAGGUCUAUGAGGAGCUCUUCAGUUACGCUUGCCCCAAGUUCCUCUCCCCCGUGGUGCCCAAUUACGACAACGUGCACCCCAACUACCACAAGGAGCCCUUCCUGCAGCAGCUCAAGGUCUUUGCUGAUGAGGUUCAGCGGCAGGCCCAGCUUUCCACCAUCCGUAGCUUCCUCAAGCUCUACACCACUAUGCCUGUGGCAAAGCUGGCUGGCUUCUUGGACCUCACGGAGCAGGAGUUUCGUAUCCAGCUGCUCGUUUUCAAGCACAAGAUGAAGAACCUGGUAUGGACCAGUGGCAUAUCUGCCCUGGAUGGGGAAUUCCAGUCUGCUUCUGAGGUCGACUUCUAUAUUGACAAGGACAUGAUCCACAUCGCAGACACAAAGGUUGCUCGACGCUAUGGGGAUUUCUUCAUCCGCCAGAUCCACAAGUUCGAGGAGCUGAAUCGAACCCUGAAGAAGAUGGGCCAAAGACCCUAAAACUUCUGUGGAUGCAGUGACCAUCCUGAGCAGAGAAGUGGGUGGGCGAGAUUAUUCUCUUUGUGGCAAGGAAGGGGAGCUCAGGGUUCUGGCAUUUCUAGAAUCUCCUGUGACUCUGAAGGUUUUUUGUACUUAAAUAAGCAGAGUCGUUUGGCUCAGGCUAUCCUAUGAAGGACAAGACAUCGAAUAAAUUAGUGGAAUUUUCCUGGUGAGCAUUCA